AUGCCCAAGAAAGCAAUUGACUCCCGUAUUCCGGCCUUGAUCCGUAAUGGUGCUCAGGAGAAGAAACGAAGCUUCUUCGUCGUUGUCGGCGAUCGCCAAAAGGACGUCAUUGUGAACUUGUACCACAUUCUACUCAACGUAGACGUCAAACUGAACAAAUCGGUGCUUUGGGCGUACAAGAACAAGUUGCUGGGUUUCUCGAGGUGCGCAAGUCACCGAAAGAAGCGCGAGAAGAAGAUCAAGAACGAGAUCAAGCGAGGCAUCCGCGACGUUGAUACCGAAGAUCCUUUUGAGCUAUUCGUCUCAACACAGAACAUCCGAUAUGUUUACUACAAGGAAACGGACAAGAUUCUGGGAAACACAUACGGCAUGUGCAUUCUCCAGGACUUCGAAGCACUCACACCGAACCUACUUGCGCGAACGAUAGAAACAGUCGAGGGUGGGGGACUUGUCAUUCUGCUGCUGAAGGGCAUGAGCAGCUUGAAGCAGCUAUAUACGUUAUCCAUGGACAUUCACUCGAGGUACCGGACGGAAGCGCACAGCGAUGUGGUGGCACGAUUCAAUGAGCGCUUCAUUCUGUCCUUGGGCAAAUGCGACAGCUGUUUGGUUGUAGAUGACGAGUUGAACGUGCUUCCAAUCUCUGGUGGGAAACACGUCAAGCAACUUCCGCCACCAGACCCAGAAUUGGAAGGAAAGACUCCAAAGGCAAAAGAGCUGGUAGAGAUCAAGGACUCAUUGGCAGACUCGCCGCCUAUAGGCGAUCUUAUCAAACUCGCGAAGACGGUGGAUCAGGCAAAGGCGCUGUUGACGUUUGUGGAUGCGAUCGUAGAAAAGACACUACGGAGCACUGUGGCAUUGACUGCAGCUCGUGGACGAGGAAAGUCUGCAGCAUUAGGUGUAGCUGUAGCAGCAGCGGUAGCUCAUGGCUACAGUAAUAUCUUCAUUACGUCUCCUAGCCCGGAGAACUUGAAGACCCUCUUCGAGUUCGUUUUGAAAGGGUUCGACGCGCUUGGAUACGUGGACCACCAGGAUUACAGCAUCAUGCAAUCGACACAGCCCGAUCAAAACAAGGUCAUUGUACGAAUCGACCUCCACCGCCAGCACCGACAGAUUAUCCAAUAUAUGAAGCCGGAGGACUCACAUAUUCUAGGACAGGCAGAGCUUUUGGUCAUUGACGAGGCUGCGGCGAUCCCUCUACCACUUGUGCGCAAGCUGAUGGGACCAUACUUGGUUUUCAUGGCAUCCACCAUUAACGGUUAUGAAGGAACUGGACGGUCGCUCUCGCUGAAACUCAUCCAACAACUUCGUGAGCAGUCUCGGGGCAAGUCUACAAACGGUUCUACUCAGGUUGUGGACCGCUCAACCGGAAAGGAGACUAGAGACGGAACCGAGACUUCAAUGACCGGCCGCUCACUCCGUGAGAUUACACUCUCAGAACCCAUCCGUUACGCUCAAGGUGAUUCUGUAGAGCGGUGGUUGAACGACCUGCUCUGUCUGGAUGCCACCCUUCCUCGGUCGAAGAUGACUACUCAAGGAUGUCCACACCCUUCCGAGUGCCAGCUUUUCCAUGUCAAUCGUGAUACCCUGUUUUCCUAUAAUCCGGCAGCGGAAAAGUUUCUCCAGAAGAUGAUGGCUCUUUACGUCGCAAGUCAUUACAAGAACACGCCUAAUGACCUUCAACUCAUGUCUGAUGCGCCCGCGCAUCAUCUUUUCGUUCUCACAGCGCCUGCAGAGGAGAACAAGCUGCCUGAACCGCUUUGUGUUAUCCAGGUAGCGCUCGAAGGCCAGAUCAGCAGGGAGAGUGUGUUGAAUAGCUUGAGCAGAGGACAACGGGCUGGUGGUGAUCUGAUUCCAUGGAUUGUCUCGCAGCAAUUUCAAGAUGAGAACUUUGCCAGUCUGUCAGGUGCACGUAUUGUGCGGAUAGCAACGAACCCAGACUACGUCAAGAUGGGUUACGGAUCACGAGCACUUGAAUUACUUGUCGAGUUCUACGACGGCAAGCUGGCAAGCUUGUCAGAGUCAGAGCCACAAGAGAUUGAGCAGAUGCGAAGAGUAACAGAGGAAGACCUUGAAGAUACAUCAUUGCUCAAAGAUGUCGUCAAGGUCAGGGAAGCAAGCGAGAUGCCACCACUUUUCGCUCGUCUCCCCGAGCUCAAGGCUCCACGCCUCGACUACGUCGGCGUCUCCUACGGCCUCACUGCACAACUCCACAAAUUCUGGAAACGGGCAAAUUUUGUACCCGUAUAUCUUCGACAGACACCUAAUGACCUCACAGGUGAGCACACAUGCAUCAUGCUGCGCUCGCUCGAAACCACAACCUCAGAUGGCAGCUGGGUCGCCGCCUUCGCCAAGGACUUUCACAAACGCUUCCUCUCCCUCCUCUCCUAUCAGUUCCGCAACUUCCCCUCUGUCACCUCGCUCUCGAUUGAAGAAUCCGCAUCAGCAGGCUCCAAGCUAGACGCUGAGCUUGCACCCAAACCCAUCACCAAGGCCGAACUCGACGCGCUCUUCACCCCCUUUGAUCUCAAGCGUCUCGACUCGUACGCAAAUAACAUGUUAGACUACCACGUCAUCCUCGACAUGCUACCCUCGAUCGCACAUCUCUACUUUACCGGCCGUCUGAGACGGCAGGUCAAGCUCAGCGGUGUGCAGACGGCCCUGCUGCUCGCCAUUGGCCUCCAGCGCAAGGAAUUCUCAGACGUGGAAAAGGAACUCCAUCUCAAUUCGAGCCAGCUCAUGGCCAUGUUUGUCAAGGUGGUGCGCAAAGCCGCAACCGCGUUCCGCAGCAUCGUGGAAGGCGCGGUCGAGGAGACGAUGCCUGCGCCUAUGGACGUGGAUGAUGCGGGACUGGACGGCGAGGCCGAGCCGGCGGAGAAGAGGUUCAAGCCGCUUGAGAAGGACCUCGAAGAGGAGUUGCAGGAGGGCGGGGACGAGGUGCUCGCCGAAGAACGCGAGAGAGCUAGGAGUCUGAUUGAUGCUUUGCCUCUACAUCGCUACGAAAUCGGGGCCGGUGCCGCAGACUGGGAAGACGCCGAACGCGCCGUCAGCAAGGCUGCAAAGUCUGGCGGAGCUGCCAACGUCACGGUUGCGGUCAAGACGGGCGAGAAGAAGCGGAAAGUGGGCGAGGCAGUCGAGGAGGCGUAUAAAGAGGCGGAGAAGUUUAAAGAGGGGGCGGGGAAGAAGAGUAAGAAGGCUAGGGCUCGGAAGUAG